AUGGUCGGCCUCGGACCUCGUCGUCCUCCCUCCCGAAAGGGAUCCAUGGCCGAUGUCCCCAAGGACUUGGCUGACGAGAUUCACAAGCUGGAGAAGCUCUUGACUGUCGACUCUGCCAAGCUCAAGGAGAUCACCGAUCACUUCGUUUCUGAGCUUGCCAAGGGUCUCAGUGUUGAGGGUGGCAGCAUCCCUAUGAACCCUACCUGGGUCAUGUCCUUCCCCGAUGGCUACGAGACUGGUACCUAUCUGGCCCUGGACAUGGGCGGCACCAACCUGCGAGUCUGUCAGAUCACACUCACAGAGGAGAAGUCGGAAUUCGACAUCAUUCAGUCCAAGUAUCGCAUGCCUGAGGAGCUCAAGUCUGCUACCUCGGAGGAGCUGUGGGACUACAUCGCCGACUGUCUCUUCCAGUUCCUCGAAACACACCAUGGCGACUGCACCAAUAUGGAAAAGCUUCCCCUGGGUUUCACCUUCUCCUACCCCGCUACCCAGAACUAUAUCGAUGAGGGUAUUCUUCAGCGAUGGACCAAGGGCUUCGACAUUGAAGGUGUCGAGGGCGAGAACGUUGUUCCCAUGUUUGAGGAGGCUUUGACCCGACGGGGUGUGCCCAUCAAGCUGGCAGCUUUGAUCAAUGAUACUACUGGUACAUUGAUUGCUUCGGCCUAUACCGAUGAGGACAUGAAGAUUGGCUGCAUCUUCGGCACUGGUUGCAACGCAGCUUACUUUGAAAACUGCGGCUCCAUUCCCAAGCUUGCUCACCUGAACCUCCCCCCUGACCUGCCCAUGGCCAUCAACUGCGAGUGGGGAGCUUUUGACAACGAGCACAAGGUUCUCCCUCGAACUGUCUACGAUGUGAUCAUUGACAAGGAGUCUCCUCGCCCUGGCCAGCAGGCCUUCGAGAAGAUGAUUGCCGGUCUCUACCUGGGCGAAAUUUUCCGACUUAUCAUGGUCGACCUUCACGACAACAAGAAUGUGCACAUCUUCGAGAACCAGGACAUUUCCUUGCUCCGCAAGCCCUACAGCCUGGAUGCUUCCUUCUUGUCCUUCAUCGAGGAGGAUCCCUUUGAGAACUUGCAGGAGACAUACGACCUGUUCUCAUCCAAGCUUAACCUGGCUUGUACACGCCCUGAGCUGGAGCUUAUCCGCAAGACCGCCGAGCUUAUCGGCACACGAGCUGCUCGUCUCUCGGCUUGCGGUGUUGCUGCUGUCUGCAAGAAGAAGAACUACGAGACAUGCCAUGUCGGUGCGGAUGGAUCGGUCUUCAACAAGUACCCCUUCUUCAAGGAGCGAGGCGCCCAGGCUCUGCGGGAGAUUCUCGACUGGCCCAAGAAGACGAACAAGAGGGCCGAGGACCCCGUCGAGGUCCUUGCCGCCGAAGAUGGUAGCGGUGUCGGCGCUGCCUUGAUCGCCGCCCUAACCCUCAAGCGAAUCAACGAGGGCAACCUGGCGGGUAUCCUCCACCCCGAGAACUUCAAAUGA